AUGGAACUCAACCGAGAGCAUUUUCGCGCCAUAAUUUUUCUUAGCGACGAUCGCAGGGUGGGUGCACCAAAAACGGCAGUCACCCAGGAAAACCUCGAUGCUGUGCGCAAAUUCAUCAUUGAAGAUAGACAUGUGACAUAUCGCGAGAUUGAGGCGUCCUUGAAGAUCUCAAAGACCACAAUUCAAAAAAUUUUACAUGAAAAAUUAAGAGUAAGAAAAUUAGUUUCUCGUUCGAUACCCCAUCUGUUGACUGACGAGCAGAAAGCAGCCAGGGUUAAUUGGUCAUUGUUAUUGUCGGCUGUUUGGGUGUUCCAAGAAAAGCCAACAAAAGUCAUCCGUUCUCGAAUAACUGUUACUGCGGAUUGGUAUACCACCAUUUGUUUGCCAAAAGUCAUCACCGAGCUUCGAAAAAUCAACCCCGAAAGAAGAAUCAUCCUCCACCAAGACAAUGCAAGCUCGCACACAGCCCAAAAAACAAGGCAGUAUUUAACGGAAGAAAACGUGGAAUUAUUGGACCAUCCUCCAUAUAGUCCCGAUCUAAGUCCUAACUACUUCUUUACUUUCCCGAAAAUUAAAAACAGACUGCGUGGUCAAAGGUUCCAGUCACCAGAAGAAGCAGUUGACGCAUUCAAAAAUGCCGUUUUGGAUCUGCCAGGAAACGAGUGGAAAAUUGAAUACUUCGAAAAACAAUAA